GAUUUGGCAACCCUGCAGUGAGUGACUCAGUUGAGCGUUUCGGAUCGACCGCGCGCGCGUCUGUUGGUUGCUAUCAAGCGUCUCCUCCCGGGCCACAAACAUGUCCAAACUGGAGCAGGUCCUGAUCCUAGAUCCUCCGAACGACCUGAGGUUCAAAGGUCCGUUCACAGAUGUCGUCACUGCUAACCUCAAGCUGAAAAAUCCAUCUGACAGGAAAGUGUGUUUUAAAGUCAAGACCACAGCCCCACGCAGAUAUUGUGUACGGCCCAACAGCGGCAUCAUUGAACCCGGGGCCACACUCAUCAUCUCAGUGAUGUUACAGCCCUUUGAUUAUGAUCCAAAUGAGAAGAGCAAACACAAGUUUAUGGUUCAGACCAUCUUUGCACCCACGGCCAUGACAGACACAGAAGCCAUGUGGAAAGACGCAAAACCCGACGACCUCAUGGAUUCCAAACUUAGAUGUCUCUUUGAUUUACCAUCUGAAAGUGAUAAAGUGAAUGACAUUGAUGCAGCUAAAGCUGUGCCCACGCUCAACUCCUCUAAAGUGGACGGGCUGGGGGCACCUAAAGGCAUCAGCGCUGCCAUGGAUGACUCUGAGAUGAAGAAGAUCCUGGACGAGUGCAAACGUUACCAGACGGAGGUUAGCAAGCUGAGCGAAGAAAACCGCCAGUUAAAGGACGAAGGUUUGAGACUGCGAAAGAUCCAACGAAGUGGCCCCCCAACGUCUAACUCCAACUCUCUAAUUGGCCGAGAGUCCACCGUAAGCUCACUUCCCUCACUCCUGGUCGUCAUAGCAGCCAUCUUCAUCGGAUUCUUCCUCGGAAAGUUCAUCCUGUAGGCGUAGGCGGCGGGAUGUGACGCGACGAACGAUCACACGAGCCUGAUGAAAGAGUCUUUCUGUUGACGUGACCAUAUCAGCGAUAGUUUGGGCAGCAGCAUCACGGACCCCUUUAUGUAGAAUCAGCGUCCCGUCCUCUAGGGGCCAACACUAUCAGUACAAGAGAGACAGAAAGACUGUUUAUGGUUUGUUUCCUAUUUUCUGUUGAUUGCUUGAGUCCAUGAACUGAUUGUAUUGGAGGGUUGAAGACGAACUGAGAGUAUUUUGAGAAACACAAGAUCAUCUGAAAGACGCUGAUGAGUUAAGACCAGUUGAUUUCUAGCAUCAUAACUCUCCCCCAAAACUCUGUUAUGUUUUAUGAUGAACUGAAAAGUCUAAAGGCAUUUAAUCUUUCAUUCAGUCAACCACAACAAAGACCUUUAAAUCCUUUUGUCCCGGACGACCUUGAAGUUUGUCCCUUCACGGUUAGCUUAGUGGUGAUGUCAACAGUUGGACGGGCGACACAGGUGCCUCCUUCCUAUGUACAGUUGUUCCUUGUCUGUUCCUAACAAUACCAAUGCAGACUGUUUUAUUACUGUAAUUAUUAUUAUUAUUAUCAUUUAAUUAAUUAUAUUAUUAAUGUCCUUUCUCUCAAAACAGAGCAUUUUUUCCACAAAUGUUCACAGAUGUCUUUACUGUCUCAUACUAGAUGAUGUUCAAGAAAUUAAAAGUAAAAAUAGAAA